AUUAAAUCCACUUAAAUGGAUCAAACUCCGAUUAAAGUCGGUAUUUAAAUUCGAGAUUAACUUUAAGUCUGGCAGUCGUAAUAAUUUCUACUAUAUAUAGAUUCUUAUUUCAAAAAACGUCUCAAGUGAUGUCUCAAGAGGCUAAUACGGCUCUGUGAUUGGUUGACAUCUUAAAAGUGCAUAUAUCUUUCUCUUUCCACAUGCUUCCACAUUGGAAAGAAUAAGACACUCUGACAACUCUUAGUAUAUUAAAUGGUUAGACAUUCCUGUCCUACAUAUACGAGCGUAGACAGGACCCGGAUGAUAUAUUCCCGAAUGCUCGUGAAUAAUCGUCCUUAAGAAUCCACCUAUCGUGAGACCGGUGACGUCAUACUGGUGACAAGUCACUUGGCUUCGCGACGACGCGAUACGCGAUACAGGUAUAGUUGCGGUCGCGUCGCGAGCAGCUCUCGGAUCUGAUUGCGCGUCGAGGUGUAUUGUGACAGCAGAGAGAGAGAAAGAAAGAUAGGUCCUGCAUCACCCUCCCCUACGUGCGUCGGUACGCUGUGGUGUCGUGUGUCGCGGACUGCUGACAUUGAAAGUAUCCCGCGAUAAGUGGUGCCGCCCUCGCCGUCGUCACUGCCGCCGCCGCUGCCGUCGUUGUCAUCAUCGUCGUCGUCGUCGUCCUUGCCGUCGUGCGUUCGCCCGAUGCUGAAAUGAAGCAGAAGCGCGUCAUGUAUGGCGACGCGCGGAAACUGUGCGAGAGACGAACGCAAUCGGCCCCGUACGGGCCCUGCCUCACGUUGGACUAACGAUCAAUGGCUUUAUUUGAGAAGAGAUACACGAAUAAAGUACUGUUAGAUGAUACGGAGCAGCUGACGAGCGUCAUCGAAAAUGCAAGGACGAUCGACGGGCAUACGAAUGGCCUGUAGGCGCAUGCUGAGAACUGUGGUUUGUAUAUUCAGGAAUACGUAAUCAAAACACAAAGAGGUCCGCUUCCUGAAAGAUCCUGGAGAGUGAGCCGACGUUACAAUGACUUUGUACAGCUCAACGCAGCUUUAUCCAUAUCUGGCUUCGACCUGCCACUACCACCAAAAAGGAUUAUUGGUAACAUGGAGCCAGACUUUAUAGCUCAGCGACAAAUAGCACUGCAGAAUUAUCUAAACAUAGUACUAAUGAAUCCUAUACUGGCAUCUUCGCUUCCUAUGAAAAAGUUUUUAGACCCUGAGAAUUACACUGCACCGUUACAUGAAAUCGCACUGCAACAAGUGUCAUUAGCAUUACGGAGUGAUGCAAAUUUUGAAGUAUGCAAGCCCAUCCCUGAUAUGGGAUGGCGAUUGAGAAAACAUUAUUAUACAGUGAAAAAUCGCCAGAAUCCAAAACAAGAACUUUUGCUAGCUUGGGUCGAGUUUGGCCCUGAUAAACAUUUACAAGAUAAAGAUAUACAAGGGGUUUUCAAGACUCUAGGCUCUCUACGGCAUAAUUACAUCGAACCAAUAGUACACCAGCAUGUUACAGACAAUGGGGCACUAACGAUAAGAAAUUUCUAUGCAACGGGCACUUUACGUGACGUACUAUGUAUUACCAAACCUAAGCAGCCAUUUAUAAAGAAAUACGGAAAUCCAAAACAAAUAAAAGCAUUAACAGUACAAGAAAUUGCUACAUAUGGUUAUCAGAUACUAGAGGCUCUAGGAUUUCUUCAUGAAAAGGGAUUACCUUAUGGACAUUUACAUACUGGGAAUGUUCUUUUAACUCCAAGAUGCGCUAAAUUAUUGGAUAUAGAAAAUGGACUCAUAGGAUUGCCAGCAUUUUACCGGCCUUACGUGGUUCAAAGGCGCAAGCUACAUGCCACGACUCAGGUUGAUGUAUACUCAUUUGGACAUGUUUUGUAUGAAAUGGCAUUUGGGCGACCGCUUUUGGAGGCAACAUGCUCCGAUUUACCGCAUUGUGAAGCAAAUCUAAAAAAUUUGUUGGACGUAAUCUUAUCACCGGAAGCUCUGAAACAAGAUCUGCCAACAGUAGUUCGGUUAUUAGAACACCCAUUCUUCGAAUCAGCGAGGCGCGCUGCAUUGGCAAUUGGCACCGUGGAGAAGCCAUACUUCAAACUGAGCAGUCAUUUGAAAGAGGCUUUACAAGAAGCUGUAAACAAAGCUGAACAACGACUGCGCGAUGAACAGAAAGUUGUUCGACAUCAAAAGAGGCUUGUCAAGGUUCAAGAAAUGAUGAGUUCGGAAGAAGAAAUGAAAAAACGAAAGCAUAAGCUGAAGAAAGAACAGAGAUUGGCACAAGAACAACGUUCUUCCUCACAACUGGGUACGAAUGGGACGAAACAAAUAAAUGGUAAAAGCCCAGAGCGUUCAGACAGUCCAACGAGUACUUCCACGGCAACCAGCGUUGGAACGUUAACUCCUCCAUCGCUUCGUUCCGUGGAUAUUACGCAAGCAAAUGCAGUUCCUGGCAAAGGUGUUCCAUCACCACCUUCGUUGCCACCGCCAUGUGAAGCAUCCAGUAGUAGUGCAACAAAUAGUGUAUCAAAAUCAUCGAAUGACCGUGCUGCUUUACUCGGAAGUAUUUGCAAUUUUGACAAGACUAGAUUACGAAGAAUUACAAAUGGACAUCGUUAGGAACGUUAGAUGUAUAGGAGGAAAAAAGUCACGCAGAUUUAUUCGCCAUGACUGCUAUACGAUGUCGAACAAAGAACUUCCCUUGCUUGAUUAGAACAAGAUAACGUACCUGUAGAUUAUUAUGACGGAUUCAAAGGUUAUCUGUAUGAUAGCUGUACCGUGCUUCUUGCGACUUCUAAUAUCGAAUAUUAUUUCUCUUCGAUCGCGACACUUGCAUUUUACGAAUUUUUAAAAUUUUGAUAUCUCAUUUAUUUUGAUGCUUGUUACGCAAACAAGAUUUUAGCUUAAACUAAUUAUAUUAAGAAUAUAUUAAAUCUGUAUAUGUGAACACACACACACAAACACACACACCACAUAUACCCACUCACUCACAUAUACACGAUCGAUAUUAAUUUUAUUUGGCCUAUUCUAUGUUUUUACAAUGCAACGCUUUCUUCGUCUAUAUUAGACUUGCCGUCCAGAGAUGAGCCUAAACGUACAGAACAAAUCAAAAUAUCAAUUGCUUUGAAAUAUUUGCCAUCUUUACAAGUCUUCUCAUAUCGCAUUCUUUCUAUAUGUGCAUACAAUAGAAAUUACGUAAUUUAAAAAAAUGUAAAAUAUAGAAGUAUAUAAUUAUAUAUCAUCUAAUUUAUACGGAACAUGUCGUAUGAUAACUAUGCUGGGAGCAAUUUAAAAUGUUUUUAAAUUUAUUUUAAUUGACUUUCAUGACUGCUCGACUGUAAAUCAAGGAUAUUCACGACACAAUUAUUUGAAAAAUUCCAUUUUCUAGUCCAACAUAUCGUAAAUACAGUUAAUAGCACCAUAGAAUUUUGUAACAUAUCUUGUUUAACGCGGGCCAAGUUUCGCGAUCGAAUUUAUAUUGUUAAUUAGGGCUUAUUUUUCUCUUUAUAUAUAUAUAUAUAUAUAAGAUUUGUUUAAAUACAAAAAAAAUUAAAAAGCAGUGAUACAAUGGGGUGAUAGUAUGUAUGUAUAUUAAGUAAAUUUUCUCUCGUUAUACUUAUCUACUGUUCUGUCUAUUCAAAGUUUAUGACAUACAUUUUAAAUAUAUACAUAUAUAUAUAUACGUACGUAUGUUUAUAUACAUAGUACUCGUUCGUGUUCGUACAGUACAAUGCGAGGAUCGUACGCCGCUUUUGUAUCGCUCGUAAGACCGGAAUGUCCAGUUUUACAAAUUAAAAACGUGCCAAGAGAUAUGCGAUCUUCGUAUUCAUAGAUAACAUGAUACCAGCAGUUGUGUAGGCCGAUAGGAUAAUCUAUUUCUGUAUGUCUACAACCGUCAAGUAUAUGUCCUAUAACCAAUUUGUCUGUUGAUAUUAUAACGAAACCUGUAAUAUAUAAUCACAUCUUUUAAUACACGUAUCAUUGUCUUAGAUGUAUAUGGCAACUGUAUAAUUAUGAUUCGCGAAACGAUUUCUGGUACAGAUAAAAUAAUUGGCCCCAAAAAGCAUAUAAAUAAUAAAAUAGAAAUAUAUGAGAUUAUAUUUAUCUCUACUCUUCAAGAUUUAUUAUAUUGGCAUUAGCUUCCAAAAGGUUGUCUAUCUGCAUUCAAAAGUAUAAAAAAAAAAGCCUUUAUAAUUUCAUGAAACUUUAUGUUCAACGAAAUCUUAAAAAAAAAAAAAUAUCGAGUUAUCUUACUAGAGUCUAUACUAAAGUAUUUGAUAAUAUAAAUUAUUUUUUUAGAAAAAUGAACAAGGGACGAUAUAAAAUUAACAUUUAUUGACAACAAAAAUACUAUUCUUUUAUGAAAAUAAGUUUGUGUUUAUGCACAUAGUAAUAAAAUGUUCACGAAAUCAAUGACUAAUAAAUUCUUUAAGAAUCCCUUGUAAUUGGCAUGAUUGUUUUAUGCAUUCGAUUACCCUUUACAGAGUCAUUGCCUUAAACAAUUGUAAACGGGUAGUGUACAUACAUAGCAUGCGGAAAUCGUGUAGAAGCUUUACGUAUUGUAGGGAAGGGAACAAAUUUUACGUUUAUUGUUAAGAGAAAUGUCAAGUCAAAACGAUAAAACAAACAAGACAGUUUUAUUUCAAACGAUAGAGAAAGACGAUAUUUUAAUACUUAAUAAUAUAUUCAACAAGUAUAUGAUAUAUACAAAUUUAUCACGUUCGAAUAGCUCCAAAAAUUUUGAUAGCAGUCCGUGUGUAUAGUAUAAAAGUAUAUGUAUUCAACAUUGUGUAUAUACGCACACGCACGAGAGCGUACAUAGAUAUGCGAUUGUCAUAAUAACAGCUGUUGUAACUUAAAUAUAUCGCAAUAAAUAUCCAAAAAAAUCAUGCAUCA